AUGAUGUUGUUAUUUUUAAGCAUUGUAAAAUCAUCAAUUGAACAAAAUCCAAUUAUCGAUGGAAACAAAUUAUUUAGUGAAUCAAAUGAAAAGGUUUCAUUAGAUGAUUCAAAACAAAGUACAAGUUCUGAGAUUUGUCUACAAUGUGAAAAUCCACAAAAUAAUCAACCAUCUAAAACUAGUGAUGAUGAAGAAAAGAAUGAAUAUGAUGAAAAUAAUCAAUAUGAGAUUCCUAAUGAAAAUAUUUAUUGGGAAAUUCUUGAUGAUGAAAAUGAAAAUCUUAGUAAUGAUAAAGAAGAUUUUAAUCCUUCUAAAACUCUUAAAAAUCAAAAUACUAAAAUUCAAUUUGUUACCAGUGAAAACAAUGUAAAAGACCCUAAAGAUAAUUCGUCUGAUAAAAAAAGUAAGAUAGAAUCAUUAAAGAAAGGAAAAGAAUUAUUAAAGAAAGGAUUUUUAAACUUUAUUUGGUGUUUAUCAAGAAUUUUUUAUUAG